AUGUUUCCCUGGCAGGGAGAAGGCAAAGGGACUUCGUUCAUACUUGCUACCCAACAGCGCGAGCAGCGUCAGCAGCAAGCGCCGCAACAACCGCAGUCGGCGCGACAGGAUAAUGGGUACGGACGAUGGCGCUUACCGUCUGUGAUGCRGGGGGCAAGCCAAGCCGUGAAUGAUAAACCUAGUAGUAAUCAUACAUCUUCAAACGUGGCGAAUGGGAGAGCUUCGUCAUUGUCAAAUAGAGAAGAAGCGCUCGCUGGGCCGGAGAGUAUCAGUCUUUCUGCAUCUGGCGACGACGAUGAAGAAGAUGAAGAAGAAGACGGCGACGCAGAGCAGCAAGGUGACUCUGAAGGCGAGGACAUAGAUUAUCGAUCUUCUAGAAACGAGUCCAACCCAACUGCUACAACAAAAAACGGCACAGAAAAGCAAGCAACACGACCACCCGGUCAAAGACUAGGAGAGCGCAUGCCACCCCUGGGCUACCCACCACAGCCCAGCUUCCGCAACAAUCAUGCGCGUCGCCUCAAUACCGAAGAAGAAAUCAAACUCUUCGAACUGUGCAUCAAACACAGCUCCACAUUCGGCGAACGCAGCAAACUGUGCGAAUGGUGGAAGAACAUCGCCAAUGAAUUCAUCGAGAAUUACGGCGGGCCGUAUAGCUGGCAUUCCGUACGCAGAAAAGUUGAUCUCGUCACGAGGCAGAGGAUCAAGUAUCUUGCAGACCUCAAAGAGGGGAAGAUUGAGGCUGAUCAGGCGACGGAUCCGUGGAAAAGGGUGCUCGAUGAAUGGAUUCCGACGUGGGAGAAGUUCGAGGUUUCGGAGAAGAGGAGGAUUGAGGUGAGGGAUCAGAGGGCUGCAAUGAGGAAGAGGAAGGAGCCGCCUACUUCUGUUACUGGUGGAGUUGCUGCAGAAGGCUCAAAUCCUUCUUCUUCGCCUGCGCCGUCUUCGUCGACGCCAGCUGCGAAGCGGAAAUCUACUGGAGCUACUCCAUCUGCUGGUGCAGGAGCGCCGGGAUCAUGGCAAGCAACACCGUCCAAAUGGACUCCGGGCCCUAGCCCCUACGGCCCUCCGCCGUAUGCUAUACCUGCAGGACCUAUGGCACAGCCACCGCCAUCGACGCCGGGCAUGAAAAUGCCAGAUGGAUAUGAUACCAUGUUCCGCAGUCCGGCGCAUCCGACUACACAUCCUUUAUACCCUUACCCUCCACCGCAACCAUACUACACUCCUCCUAUGUCCGCACCGCCAGCAGCGGACAAUACUCUGACCUCAGCUGUUUUGGAGACAUUGACAAAGCUGAACAAACAUCUCGAAAAGGCGGACGGCACUUCCUCCCCUAUCGUAGCUGCUCUGACUACCAACAAUAACAAUAACACCAUCGACAAACCCAUCGAAAACAGAACAUCAUCUCCCCAACGAGACGCAGACGCUGAAGAUCCCCAAGAACCACCAUCCACGACAGUAAUAUCAGUCACAACCCUGCAAAAACUCAAGACAGAGCUUCGCGCGGAGUUUGAGACGGAACUAGCCAAGAUCCGCGAAGCGUUUACCGCGAAACUCGAUGCUCUGGAGCAAACUCAGGAGAUGAUUAUGGAUAUGUUGAGGCAGGAGCCUGGGCGGGAGGGAUCUAAUUAG